UCGUCUUUUGUUUCUGAAUAAAAUUGAAUAGUCGGUUCUAUUCUAAUGUGCGUGUGAUUGGUGGAAAUGUCGGCGCUAUUGAAGAACGUCACGAACUGCAUUUGGCACGCGUUCGAUUCGCUGCAGAAUAAGGAUGUGGUGCAUAAGUCGAAGCUGAAGGUGCUCACUGCGAACAUCGGCACACUCCUCGACUUAUACGGGGUGGAGAAAGGCCUCGACCACUUCAAGUCCUCAGCAGAGCUGACCUUCGACGAGUUCAAGCACUACCUGCAGCGUGAGGUGUUCAGCAGCCUGCCCAACACCACCACGCUUCAGGUCGUCAGGGAAUACGAGACGAAGAUUAGUGAGGUGUGCUGGCUGGUGUGCCGCAAGCACCACCUGAGCCGCGAUAAACCUGUGUUCGACGACGAAUCUGUCUUCAAGCUGUUCCGCAUCUUCUGCCUGCUGGCUGACUUGGUGCAGGACGCUGACACAGCCGACCGUUAUGUGGUAGUCCUCCAACCAUCGGAAGCCGGCAUCGUCGCCGAACAGCUCGUCCACUGCCUCGGCCUCCGAUGGGACGCUGCCGAUUGGGAAGCCCUGGGGGUCUCCAUCGGGCACUUCAAGUGGCCCGCCUUCCUGGCAGUCCUGGAGGCCAAGUACUGCUGCGAGCAGCUGCACGCUGCCGCUUUGGUUGAGGCCGUGGAUGAGAUAUAUGACGUGUUUAUUGAAGAUAUUAUCAAGAAGGGCUACCUCUUCAAGCGAGGGUACCUGCUGCCAACCAUGCGCGAAUACUGGUGCGUGUUACAGCCCUGCGCACUCACGUACUACAAAAGCUCGGCGCAAAAGGAACAAUGUGGUCGCAUCGCUAUCGACGAGUAUUGUUCAGUGGAAGCGGCGGCGGGCGAGGGGAAGAUUCGACGCUUCCAGCUGGUCACCCCCGAACGCACGUUCGAGUUUGGCACUCAGGACCAUAAGAGUCGUCUCCAAUGGGUAUCGGCGCUAAAGCAGGCGGCGGCGGUGUCGGGCGGGGCGGAGGGGUACCAGCGGCGCGCGCGCGCGGGCCGGCGCGGGGCGCGCGCGCGCCGGGAGCGCGAGGCGAGGGAGGCGCGCGCGAGGCUGCAGCAUGAAGUGCGCGCGAGGCUCGCAGCUGAGGCGCAGGCACAGGAGUUAGCAGAAUUAGCACAACAGGACAACAAGAAGCUGGAGGAGUUGAAAAUAACGCAAACAGAACUGGAACGUCUUCUUCAGGAGGAGACCCAGGCGAAAAGAGACGAAGAGAUCGUCCGAGCUCUUCAAGCCAGAGUCUUAGCAGAAGAGUGGGAGAGGAGAGAAGAGCUAGAAAGACUCCAAGAAGAGCAGAAUAGAAUGCUGGAAGAAGAACGCCUAAAACGCAAGCAAUUCGAAAUACUGCAGGCAGAAAAGGAAGCGCAAUACAGAGAAGCAGAAAAACGUCUCAAGGAAUUGGAGGAAGAGAAACGAAGACUCGACCAAGAGCUUAAAGCGGCCCAACAGAAGAUAUCCAAGACUGAUCACACUGCAAAAGCUCUGCAUGUACAACUCAGAGGCUUGAAACCAGCAAUGUUACGAAGUUGCGAUAGAUCCCGUCGAGCUGUCUCCUUCAUGCCAACCACCAAGAGUUCAUCGGACACUCUCAUCGACGUCAGGGCUAUACACUGCAAGGUCUUCGAUGAAGACGACAAUUUAUGAUCUGAUUGAACAUUGUU